AAUUAUCAGUCGAUAGAGUUGUGAGGGUAAUAAGGUGUACUUCUAAUAAUUUUAUUUCAUCUAUUAAUAUAGAUAUUGCUAUUUUCGACAAUUUCAUCGAUUGUAUGCGCAGUAAAUACUAAGCUCACCCAUUCAGUAAGUGUCGAGUUGCCUGCCUUGGUUUGGAAGAAAUUCGCAUCAUAGCACCAUGUCUAAGCCAAAGACGCAGGUCAUCCCAUUGCAUAAAGUGAUUAUGGUGGGCAGUGGUGGCGUUGGCAAAUCGGCGCUUACUCUACAGUUUAUGUAUGAUGAGUUUGUGGAAGAUUACGAACCCACCAAAGCAGACAGUUAUCGUAAAAAGGUCAUUCUUGACGGAGACGAAGUAAAGAUUGAUAUCUUAGACACAGCAGGGCAAGAAGAUUACGCCGCAAUCCGGGACAAUUAUUUCCGAUCUGGGGAAGGUUUUUUAUGUGUCUUUUCAAUUACUGAGCAAGAAUCAUUUCAAGCUUCAUCAGAAUUUAGAGAGCAGAUUCUCCGAGUGAAAAAUGACAAAAAUGAUAGGAUACCCUUUGUUUUAGUUGGAAACAAGUCAGAUUUGGAAGAAAGGCGACAAGUUAGUAUAGAAGAAGCACAAGCAAAGGCUGCUGACUGGAAUGUGACGUACGUUGAGACGUCAGCGAAAACUAGGGCAAAUGUUGAUAAGGUUUUCUUUGAUCUUAUGAGGGAGAUUCGAAACCACAAGGCAGAAGAUGGUCAGAAACAAAAGCAAAAAACUGGUAAAAAGCAGGGUGGAAAAAAGAAGAAGUGUGUCAUUCUAUAAAUUUUUAUAAUCUGCUAGUCAGGUCUUUUGUCAUGGACACUCAAAAUCACAAAACAACAAUUAAGUCUUAGGGUUUAGUCAGUAAACUUCUGUCGGUUCUCAAUGAAAUUGAGAUAUCUUUGCAUGAAAUGUAUCACGUCUGAAAGGACACUGUAAUCUUAAAUGAUGUGUAGAUUUCUUUGAUAGGUACUGAGCAAAGUCCAUGAUAUCUAAUCUGACAUAUGUCACUCCUGUGCACUGGCCACAUUGAAGAAGAAACUUACCUAAGAGUCUUAAAAAAAUGAGCCACCAUGUACAUGUAUGUAGAGAGACUGUGUUGAUUACAAGCCUGCUAUGUGAACCAAUUGCAGUUGAAGACAUUUUUAUUGUGUGUAUAUAAUGUUACUAACGACUAAGAAGUCUUAGUUUCUAGUGAUAGUUGAUGUAUUACCCGCGACAUACAGAUUUAAAAAAAAUCUAUAAAGCAUCACGGUUUUGCAUUUAUUUAACUAGAUUGUCAUAAGUUGACUGUGUUCACAAAUAUUACCAUAUAAAUGACAUUGUUUAUUAUUAGUUUUGAAAAUACUUUUCUUUUGAUGUUUUACCUUUGAGCUGAUAUUGUUUACUUAUACCAUAUGUGUCUUUAUUUCGAGUAGUUUUCAGACAAUUAGAUAGAUCAGAAAGGUUAGAGUACAUUGUAUAACUGAAGUACAAAAAUUGUUCAAGAUUAUUGAGGGGAAGGGGGGUUCGGUCGGUCGCAUUUAUUUAAAAAAUUUUCAAAAUCUAAAAUGGCUGUGCAUCAUGGCUCAUACUAGAAUAGACUAACAUAGUAUAGCAGAACUUUAAUGUAUAGUUGAUUGAAGUGCAAAUCUGUUUGUGGUCAUUUGAUCCAACCAACAGUUCGCAGACUACUUCAUAAAAACACACUCCCACAUUGUGAGAUAGUUGUAUUACUGGCUACGUUUUUGUCGUGGAUUAUACUGUAAAACAGCUUCCCAACACUUAUGAGUAAUUAUAGAUGCAAUGAAUUGAGCAGAAUACCAUGCCAAUUGCCAGAUAUAUCUAGAAUAUGUAAAUUAAAAUGACACGCUUACAAUUCCAAAUGUGUUUCUUACCAAAGAUACCAGACUAUUUAUCUCUGUAUCAAAAGAGUAACUGUUAUUAAGGUAGAACAAAAAUGCCAUUUGCUGCUUGUAUUAGAAGUAUAUUCUGUCAUCAAAGCCAGUUGAUGUUAACUCUCAGUUGACGUUUAACUCUCAGUUGAUGUUUAACUCUUACUUGACAUUAACUCUCACUCGACAUUAACUCUCAAUCGACGUUAACUCUCAAUCGACGUUAAAUCUCAAUCGACGUUAACUCUCAAUCGACGUUAACUCUCAAUCGACGUUAAAUCUCACUCGACAUUUAAACUCAGUUGACAUUUAACUCUCAGUUGACGUUUAACUCUCAGUUGACAUUAACUCUCAGUUGACAUUAACUCUCACUUGAUGUUUACUCUCACUCGACAUUAACUCUCACUUGAUGUUAACUCUCACUCGACAUUAACUCUCACUUGCCGUUAACUCAGUUGACGUUAACUCUCAGUUGACGUUUAACUCUCAGUUGACGUUUAACUCUCAGUUGACAUUAACUCUCACUUGAUGUUAACUCUCACUCAACAUUAACUCUCACUCAACAUUAACUCUCACUCGACGUUAACUCUCACUCGACAUUAACUCUCACUCGACAUUAACUCUCACUUGAUGUUAACUCUCACUCAACAUUAACUCUCACUUGCCGUUAACUCAGUUGAUGUUAACUCUCAGUUGAUGUUAACUCUCAGUUGACGUUUAACUCUCAGUUGGCAUUAACUCUCACUUGAUGUUAAUUCUCACUCGACAUUAACUCUCCCUCGACGUUAACUCUCACUCGACGUUAACUCUCACUCGACGUUAACUCUCACUCAACGUUAACUCUCACUUGAUGUUAACUCUCACUUGAUGUAACUCUCACUUGAUGUAACUCUCAGUUGACUUUUAACUCUCAGUUGACUUUUAACUCUCAGUUGACGUUAACUCUCACUUGAUGUUAACUCUCACUUGAUAUUAACUCUCACUUGAUAUUAACUCUCACUUGAUAUUAACUCUCACUUGAUAUUAACUCUCACUUGAUAUUAACUCCCACUUGACGUUAACUCACAAUUGACAAUUAAGUUUUUGACAGCUUUAAAAUAUUACUCAAUCAUUAUCAUUUACUUUCUUUAUCAGAAAUAUAGUAGUUUAUUGUAAAUAUUAAAAUUUGCUGAUUUUUUUUUGAAUUAUGAUUGCACUGAAUUGGAUAAACAUGUUCUCAGUCUCUACCUUCUUUGCUACUGACUUUGUUGAUCGUAUGUUCAAAUAAUGUUUGUUGAAAUGUUCAAAUAAUGUUGAUUUUUAAAUGUGAAUGGCCAUCUAAUUUUUAUUCUAAAAUUAAUGAAAUUCAAGGAAUUUAUAAAAAAAUUGGAAGAAAAUGUCCACGCAUAUUGGAUGCAAUGUGUAAGUUUUGUUUCUGUCUGCGGUUAUGGCGAUGUGACAAGCUUCUGUCAGGCCUGUUGUUUAUUACUUCACGGUUUUCAAACUAGUAUGCUUCUCCACAUAGGACACCAAUGCCAAUUUCACGACCAAACAACGCUGCACAUCCAAUGAACUAGUGCUUCCAAUUUUAUGCGAACCAGUAAAAUUAUUUUAUUUUACUGUAGAUGCAUUAAUCAUUCAUUUAAAUUUUAAACUCUCUAUUUUCACUAAUAAGAAGAGUCUGCUAAAUUUAAUUCGUGUGACCUUGUCAAAUUACAAUAGAACUUGUAUACUGACAAGGCAUCAAUUUGGUGUCUCUCUGAAGUUCAAGCUCAAAUCUGGCAAGGUAUCAAUUGCCUUUGAUUCCUUCGUGAAGUACUGUACUGGCACAUUCAUGAAUUUAGAAUCCAAGUGGAAAUGCACAUAAUUCUCGUUCGACGUUGCUAAGAUACACACUACUGUACCAUAUAUAUCUAUGGGCUUUGCGCAAGCUGCUUCAAAAUGCUGCUCGAAAAGCUGGUGAAAAAGUUAAAGUUAAUGCUAAAGAAACUGUACAAACUCAACUUUGAAGUAAUCUGAGCAACCAAAUUUAUAUAUGUUGCACGUGUAGGUUUAAUCUUUUUACACUGUUCAUGGGAGUCUCAACAACUAAUCGUAAAGUACAGUUUUCCUGAUGUAUGCCAGGCAGUGAAAAUGCCUGGAUGGCCUGCCCCUCGAGAAUAGUGAAAUUAAAAUGCCAGUGAAAAUAAAUGCUUUUACAUUAUUUUUUUACUAUGUUUGCCAUUGAUUUGACAAAUUUAAAUAAUAUUUGUUGUAUUCAAGGUGCAUACGUGGUUGUAUUUAAAAUAAAGCUGAAAGCUGUUUUCAUUUGAUAUAUACUAUUUCAGUAUAUUUGUGAAAUGUACACAUUUCUUGUCAUUUGUAUCUGAUGUGCUGAUUUUCAUUAUUAAUUACUUAUUCUAAUUUGCUUGUGGUGCAGAAAUUGACCAAUACAAACAGAGCUCUGUCAGUAUUGGAUUUCUAUCUCUAUCGGUCACUUUGAUUAGUUAUGAGACCAGUGAGAACUAUGUCUCUUCGAUUGGUUGUAUAAUUGACCAAUGACAUGUUAUUUUCUAUGAUUGUUAGGUAAUCUGUCAUUAUUUUCUAUUGGAUUUCUCAGUGAUUGGUACUAUUUUGAAAGGUACACAGACUGCAUAUUUAAUUAGGUAAUCAAAAUAGAUUUUUAUAGUGACAAAAAAUGGUAGUAAUGACGAAAUUUAUACAAAUUUCUGAUGAUACCAUGGAGAAAUAGUCCAAAGUAUUUGUGUUCAUUGUAUAAAUUACGGUAGAAGUGGUAUAUUUCUCAUAGUUUUGACGAAUGUCUUCACUAUAGUUGAUUUGAUAAUGUGUAACUGAUCAAGUAAUAGCGAUGUUUCAACCAUCUGAUAUGUUGAUAUGUUAACAUUAUGGAGAUUGCACAGACCAUAUCAAUGUUAGGCAAAUUUGUGUGCAUGUCAUUAAGGUCCAUUAACUGGAUAUGUUAAUGAGAUAUUGUGUGUAUCUGUUCUUGCUUGUCUCAUUUUUUAUUUCGAUUUUGUUGUUAGAUUGUCUUUCAUAUUGUACGUGCGUUGCACCACAUUUUAAACAGUUAGUCUGCAUAAAUUUGCAUACACUAGAUAAAUUCUAUUCUUGUAUCCAAUCUGACAUCCUGUAGCCGUACAUUUUGAAUUCUGCAUUACUGUAUUCUUGCUCGGAAUUUAUUUUUGCUGGAGAAACAAAUCUAUGAUAAUGAAAUCUACUUUCGAUAAAAAAUAAACCAAGAUGUUGUUUUCCACAGUUGUGGUCGUCGCUGUUGCCAUCAACAAUACAGCAUGGAUUUUUUUUCUUCGAACAAACUAGUUUACGCUCGUAUUUGUUGCAUGGAACCCAUAUUAAACAGUACAUGUAUCGACGCCCACCACCCUUUAGUAGCAUUUUGACAAACUUCCAAAUAACCCUACUUGGGUUGUAGGUACUGUCAUUGAUGUAUUGGUCAAACCUGGAAUCUAGUGUAGUAGUAUUUGCUGUAAAUGGUUGCUGCAUGCUGUUUAAGAAUACAAAGUAGAGGCAUAUAGAAUAUGGCCAUAAUGUAUUAAUAGAAGGAAGUACAAUUGGUUUGUUCCUCACUUUUUGAUACAUACUCUUUUUGUUCAUUAAUUUCAAACCAGAUCUAAAUUUGGUUUCAAAUGUGUGUUACCGUAGUAACUGUUGAGUUCUUGCAUUGAUUUUGUUGGUUAGUAAACUUGUGAGAAUGUUAUAUCUAUUAUGAGUUUUUAUGUACCGGUAGUAUGAAGAUUUUUUGUUUCUUGUCCUUGUUCCUUCCCAUUGUAAAUACAUCUCAAUAGAGACUUGAAAUUUGAGGACAUUUUUAUGUUAAGAUAAAUUUACUGUAGUUAUUAUUAGUAUGUAUUCUAGAUAUUUCAAUAAAUGGCAUGCAUUGUUCAUCAAA